AUGCCUGGCGCCGGUCGCCCGCACUGCCGGAAGCGGGCGGCACUGCUCGACGCGCUCGGGUGGCGCUUGCUUCUGCGUUCCAACCCGGAAGUGUCGCCUAGCAGCGGCGGUCGAGGCCUAGCUGGAGGCCGAAGCCUGCGGGGCCGGGCGAUGGCGGCGUCGGGCCUGUGGGCGCUGCGGAAGGCACCGCUGCUGGUGCUAGGAGGCCGCGCGGCCUUGAGGCGCCUGGGGAGUGGCCCCGGAGCCCAUUGGGGACCGCCUCGGCGCGGCUGGCGGCUGGGCGCGGGUUUGGGCCUGGCGGUGGCGGCGGUGGCGGCGGCUGCUGCAGGGGGCGACGAGGAGAAGCCGGCCGCCGGGUUCGCCAGGGCGGUGGGCAGCAGCAGGGAGCUUCUGCGGAGGGUCAAGGACGAAGUGGGAGCCCCAGGCGUAGUUGUCGGUGUUGCUGUCGACGGAAAGGAAGUGUGGUCAGAAGGGCUGGGCUACGCGGACGUGGAGAACCAGGUGCUCUGCAAACCCGAGACCGUCCUGAGGAUUGCCAGCAUCAGCAAGCCCUUGACGAUGGUUGCCGCUGCAAAGCUUUGGGAGGAAGGCAAGCUAGACUUAGAUGCUCCCGUGCAGAAAUACGUCCCAGAGUUUCCCGAAAAGGAGUACGAAGGGACCAAGGUCGCCGUCACGACGAGACUGCUCGCCUCGCAUUUAAGCGGGAUUCGCCACUACGAGAAGGACGCGGCCAAAGUGAAGGAGGAGAAGGAAAAGUUCAACAGGGCUUUGAAAGCAGAGAAAGGUGCCAUAGAUUUUGAUCCGGAGGAGAGAGACUCGGAAGGGAGUGCGAAAUCCAAGCCGGAACGCGAAGGCAAAAAUUCGAAAGGGGGACGGAGAAAGAGAGAGUUUGAGAACGAAGAAUAUUACCUGAAAGAGAAAUACGAUAACGUGAUUGAAUCGCUCAGUAUUUUUAAAAAUGAUCCUUUGUUCUUUAAACCAGGGAGCCAGUAUUUGUAUUCCACCCAUGGCUUUACUCUUCUGAGCGCCAUCGUGGAGAGAGCCUCGGGUCACAAAUUCACCGAGUACAUGUUGAAAAUAUUUCACGACCUGGGCAUGUCAUCCACGGUCCUGGAUGAGAACGAGCCGCUGAUCUAUAACAGAGCAAGGUAUUAUACUCACAACAAAAAGGGUCAGUUGGUCAACACCCCCUACGUGGACAACUCCUACAAGUGGGCCGGCGGAGGCUUCCUGUCGACUGUGGGUGACCUUCUCAAAUUCGGGAACGCCAUGCUGUACGGCUAUCAGCUCAGGCAGCGGGAGACCCUCCCCGCCGGACUCCUUCCAGGUUACCUCAAGCCCGGCACCAUCGAGAUGCUGUGGACAGCAGUGCCAAAAACGGAGACAUCCUGGAGCCAAGACGACAAAUAUGGCAUGGCUUGGCAGGUAGUGGAGAAAAAGCAGGCCUACGGUUUCUGCAGGCAGCCGCGGCACUACACGUACCACUGCGGGGGAGCAGUGGGGGCAAGCAGCGUCUUACUCAUUCUUCCUGAGGAAUGGGACUCCCGGGAGGCCACGGGCGGGGGCACGCCAAUGCCACCCAAGGGUGUGGUGGUGACCGUCAUCUGCAACAUGCAGUCCGUUUCCCUUAGCAAAACCGCCUUAAAGAUCGCAAUGGAAUUCGAAAAGGACAAGUCGGGACAACACGCGGGUAAAAAUGGCUCCUUCUGCGAUUGA